UCUAUAGGCCUACAUUACUAGUAACCAGACUGACUAUGCUGCUAACAGAAAGCGAAAGUGUACAGUGCAACUUAAAUUUAGAAACACUCAGACAGAAAACGGAAAUGAAAGGUUUCAGCAGCAUUUACUAGCGCAAAGUAGCAGAGAUGGCGUCGAAACGUCCCUUUUCUGAAGAGGAUUUUACGUGCCCCGUUUGUUGUGACAUUUUCAAAGAUCCUGUGUUGCUUAGGUGCGGCCACAGUCUGUGCAGAGACUGUACCCAACAGUACUGGGCGGCCAAAGGUUCAAGAGAGUGUCCGCUGUGCAGAAAAAGAUCGAACAAGAACCCUCCCGUUAACCUGGCUCUGAAAAACUUAUGCCAAACUUUCCUGGAUUAUCGGGGUCCUUCAGAGGAGCUGUGUGAGGUUCACCGGGAGAGGUUGAGUCUGUUCUGUCUGCAUGAUGAACAGCUCGUGUGUGUGGUUUGCAGAGAGUCACUCGAACACAAAACACACACUUGCCGUCCUGCUUGUGAGCUCGCUGAGGAACGUAAGAGACCUUUUCGGAGUGAAAUUAAUCAUUUGACUAGAAAAAUGAAGAUGGUACAACAUGCCAAAUUAGAUUGUAAUCACCAGGCUGAGCACAUAUGUCACCAGGCCUGGCACACAGAGAAUGUCAUCAAGAAAGACUUUAAGCAUCUUCACCAGCUUCUGUAUGAUGAAGAAAAAGCCAUGCUUGCUGCACUGAAUGAGGAAAAAAAACAGAAAACAGAGAUCAUGAAAGACAAAAUUGAGAAGAUGAAUGACGAAGUAUUAUCUCUGUCAAAAACGAUAACAGAAUUGAGAGGUAAUUUGGAUAGUGGGGAUAUCCAGUUCCUUCAGAAUUUCAAGGACAUGAUGAAGAGAGCCCAGGACAUGAACCAGGAUCCAGACCCAGUUCGAGGAGGACUUAUUGAUACCGCACAAUACCUGGGCAAUUUAAAGUUCACGGUGUGGUCAAAAAUAAGACGGUCUGUCAGUUACUCUCCUGUGGUGCUCGAUCCCAACACCGCUAACUCUCAGCUUAUACUGUCUGAAGAUCUGACAAGCUUGAGGGACAAAGAUGAGCAUGAGGAGGAAGACAUGACGUGCGCUGACGUGCAAAGGAAGCAGCUUCCUGCUAACCUGGAGAGAUUUGAUAGGUUUCCCUGUGUUCUGGGCUCUGUGGGCUAUUCCUCAGGGACACACAUUUGGGAUGUGGAUGUGGGAGACAGCACUUUCUGGAUGCUGGGAGUUACUAAACAGUCUGUCCAGAGAAAAGGAACCACCAGUUUUCCCAGCGAGGUCUGGUGCAUCGGCUAUGACAGCGACACUCUCAGUCUGAAGGCUCCUCAGGAGUCAUGCAUCCCUUUGCUUGCGCGUGAGAAACCGAAGCGAGUGAGAGUGAAGCUCGAUUUGGAUGAAGGACAGCUUUCAUUCUCAGAUCCUCUCAGCAAUAGACUCUAUCACACAUUCACGACCAAUUUCAUGGAGAAGGUCUUUCCAUUCUUCUGCAGUCUGUGCAGCUUCUCUCCUCUGAGGAUUGUGCCUGUGGUCAAGCCCUGUAAUUAAACGAGAUAUAAAGUUUGUUUUGGUGUGCUGUCAUGUGUCAGUUUGCAGAUAUUAUUUUUUUUUGCCUAUAUGGCAGAAAAUAGGCAAGGCAAACAGGAAACGCUACAUUGAUUGACGGGUGAUUUAUCUUCUUAGCAAAUGUUGACUUUCAGUCUUCUUCAGGUUUUUAUUUCUUUAAGUAAACUCUCAUAACAUUCAUUUCAAUUUUGUUAAACUGUUCGAUACUGAUCUAUAAUGCUCAAUCUUUUGGUAACUUUAGAUACAGUAAGAGUUUAAGAAGUUCAUUUGGUUUUCUUUGAAAAAAGUGUGAAUUGCUACAUACAAAUAAAGUAUAGAGUUCACCAUGA